UCUCCAAGCCAAGUGUUUUACAUCAAAUUUCAGAUUUUCAUGCUUGCCCACCUUCUCAAUUUCAUAGCAGCGAAAAACUCCAUCUUGAUUUCCAGCUUUCUCGUCUAGGGUUCGUGUACGUGAAUUAAUACUCGAGUAUAAAACACCAGAAAAAUUUGGGUUUCUGUCUGACACCAUCAAUAGAGAAUGAUCGGAAGAUAUGGAGUAUAAUAACUUGCAUGUAAUACCAUGGUGCAGUGCUUAGAGGGGAUCAGGCAUUUAUGUGCUUCGGUGCUUCAGUGUUGUGAACUCGACAGACAACCGAGAGGCCUAGAUGAUCCAGAAAUUCUUGCUCGAGAGACCGUGUUUAGUGUAAGUGAAAUAGAAGCACUUUAUGAGCUUUUUAAGAAGAUUAGCAGCGCUGUGAUUGAUGACGGGCUGAUCAACAAGGAGGAAUUUCAGUUAGCAUUGUUUAAGACGAACAAAAAGGAGAGUUUGUUUGCUGAUCGGGUAUUUGACUUGUUCGACACAAAACAUAAUGGUAUCCUUGGCUUUGAGGAGUUCGCCCGUGCACUUUCUGUAUUCCAUCCAAACGCUCCUAUUGAUGAUAAGAUUGAAUUUUCUUUUCAAUUGUAUGAUCUCAAGCAGCAAGGCUUUAUCGAGAGGCAAGAGGUAAAGCAAAUGGUGGUUGCUACUCUUGCUGAAUCGGGUAUGAACCUGUCUGACGAAGUUAUUGAGAGCAUCAUCGAUAAGACAUUUGAGGAAGCGGAUACAAAGCAUGAUGGGAAAAUUGAUAAAGAAGAAUGGAGAAGUCUAGUUUUGCGGCAUCCGUCGCUUCUGAAAAAUAUGACUCUCCAAUAUCUCAAGGAUAUCACAACUACAUUCCCGAGCUUUGUUUUUCAUUCAAGAGUUGAGGACACCUGAGCAUGGAAAGUUCGAUUUUAGCGUCGUUUGCUUGUUUGUAAAUGUUGGUUUGCUGCUUCUAUUUAUUAUUGUUUCAAUUGAUUUUUCUCCGUUUAUUUGGAAAAACUAUGUCGUUUUGUGGACAAUAAGUAGGUUUUGGAUUUUGUUGGGUUUUCGUUUUUGCCUUUUGCGAUUGAGGAUUGUAAUUUCAUCAACAGUGUUUUUAAAUAAGUCACAUUUGCUUAUGCCUCCAUAAACUCAGUUUUGUACAUGGUCGUAGUCCCCUUGUU